AGAUGCUCAUCCAAGCAGCCGGGCGGCGGGGGCCACUGGACGGGUGCAAUGUGACGAAGCUCUGGGGAGAGACUGGGACACACAGCCUUAUCCGCGCGGGAGGGAGGGUUCGUUUAACCAUUAACCACCAUUAACCAUUAGGGCAGCUGUGCAGAGCCGGUACCGUAGGCUACAUAAGGCGUGCGCACCGGCGCCCACGCCUCAGCCUGAGCGCGUUACCAAGAGGCGGAGGAUACAUCCAGCCACGCGAAGGAGUGCUCGUGCCGUUACUGACCGUCACUCCGGUUCGACCGCACUACUCUCCGGACCGCUGCCACUGAAAGGUGACUGUCCACUCCGGUUGAAGAGGCGGGCUACUUUUUCGCCGGCAGUAAUUCAAUCUUCCUACUGCAGACCUUUAAAUAUCUCCCUUGAAAACCUCCCAGCAGCCACGUGGUGUAAGGUGAGACAUAGCCAGCCCUGUACUCCCACCAGUCUGACAUGAUCAGUGAACUGAGAGCAGUACUAGUCUGCGCUGCAAUCUGGACACUUUAGACCUCUGAUUUUGAUUUUUUUCUUUAGCUUACACCGAAGGACUGUUAUAAGUGAUUGGAAGGGAUUUCUGUUGUGAGUCCCCGGGCCUUAUUGCUUUCUCUUCUCUUCUGUUUUGAACCAGAAUGCUUUCUUCUUUUUUUUGCCGGUCUACCUUGAGCACCUUGCAGUGAAUGGAGAACAUACUGGUUCUGCUCCCUAAGCACCGACAGGAACACGGGCUGUGCAAACGCCCGGCUGCAUGUGCCUUGCUGCAGGUUUUUUCCCACAGAGCCGUUUUCUCCAGGUCUUUAGUAGCGACCCCCACUCCCUGUCAGCCUCUUUAAUGGGAUAAAUCAAUUGGACUGAUCAGGUUCAAAACCAGAUCAGAGGGCCAAUUCCAUUCGGACUUCCCCAAAACUGUUAGGCAACCUGACAUUUUUCUUGUCACGUCCAUUGUCUUCCAAAGGCUUCCGCAUGGUACUUUGGUCGAAAGAACUAGACAAACUCACUGACAUCAGCAUGUCCUCUGGGGCCAUUGAGGCGAAGAAGGAGGGCGCCCCUCCGAGCCCGGCUCUACUCAACUCUAACUGCUUCGUCCCCCCGGUGAUCCUCACCAAGGCCCCUGAGGAGGGGAGCCCAGGGACCGGGGGCGAGUUCGAGCUCACAGAGGUCCCGUCUCUCACAGAGAGGGCCGGCGAGGCCGUAGAGGAUGAGGAGAGGACAGAGAUUGUGGUGGCGAUGGACUGCCGGGCCAAUGCCAAAGGUCAGCGCGAGGAGGACGCUCUUCUGGAGAAUGCAAGCCAGAGCAACGAGAGCGACGACACCAGCACCAACCAGAGCCCAGAACCACCCGCACCCCUUAAGGAGACCUCCUUCUCCAUUGGCCUGCAGGUGGUCUUCCCCUUCCUGCUGGCUGGGUUCGGGACAGUGGCAGCUGGAAUGGUGCUAGACCAAGUCCAGCACUGGACGGUGUUUACGGAGGUGUCGGAGGUGUUCAUCCUGGUUCCAGCACUGCUGGGGCUCAAAGGCAACCUGGAGAUGACGCUGGCCUCCAGACUUUCAACAGCGGCUAAUAUUGGGCAGAUGGACACCGCUAAGAACAUGUGGAAGAUGAUCAUGGGGAACUUGGCCCUCAUCCAGGUCCAGGCCACAGUGGUGGGGUUCCUGGCCUCUAUAGCUGCUGUGAUCUUCGGCUGGAUCCCAGAGGGACACUUCAGGCUGGGCCACGCUGUGCUGCUGUGUGCCUCCAGUGUGGCUACUGCCUUCAUCGCCUCUCUGCUGCUAGGGCUCAUCAUGAUCGGUGUGAUCAUCGCGUCCAGGAAAGUCGGCAUCAACCCUGACAAUGUGGCCACGCCCAUUGCUGCUAGCCUGGGAGACCUGAUCACCCUGUCCCUGCUGGCGGGCAUUUCAACUGGACUGUACAAGGAACUAGAUUACAAUGACUAUGCCAACCCGCUGGUGUGUGCGGUGUUUGUGGCGUUGUGCCCCCUAUGGGUGCUGAUAGCCAGGAGGAUCCCAUCCACCAGAGAACUCCUCUACUCCGGCUGGGAGCCGGUCAUCAUCGCCAUGGCGAUCAGCAGUGUCGGUGGUUUGAUCCUCGACAAGACUGUCACCAACCCAAACUUUGCCGGCAUGGCUGUCUUCACUCCGGUCAUUAACGGUGUGGGAGGUAACCUGGUCGCGGUUCAGUCCAGUCGAAUCUCCACCUAUCUGCACAUGAACGGUCUACCCUUGGGGGAUCCCAACCCCACCCCCAGGAAGUGCCCCACACCCUGCAACUCCUUCUUUGGCUCCUCUGUGAACUCUCGUUCAGCCCGUGUGCUCUUCUUCCUGGUCGCCCCGGGUCACCUCGUCUUCCUCUACACCAUCAACUCGCUGAGGGGGGGACACACCACCCUGACACCUGUGUUCAUUACGUUUUACCUGGUUGCGGCACUACUACAGGUGUUAAUCCUUCUCUACCUGGCAGACUGGCUCGUGCACUGGAUGUGGGGUCGAGGCAUGGACCCCGACAACUUCUGCAUCCCCUACCUGACUGCUCUGGGUGACCUGCUGGGGACCGGCUUCCUCGCCCUCUGCUUCCACAUGCGCUGGUUCAUCGGGGACAGGGACUCUAAUUCGGGCAACUGAAUGCAUGCAACGACACACACACAUGCACACACACAUAAAAGAAAAAGAGAGAAUAAAACGGCACACGCUCUUUGCUUGCACGCACGACCGUGUCAAACACCCGUACAUGCGUGAACAUUAUCUGAAAGUGGACAUUGUCUACUUUAAAAGAGCUAAUCUCCUCUAGGGCUCGGAUUGAUGGUUUAGCAUUUGUAGCGUUUCAUCUUCAGGAUGUCAGGACACUGACGCAGCAGCAGCAGCAGCAGCCUGUGUUUCGCUUUCGAAACCAUGGAAACACACCUCAAUAACUCCACCUCAACCAGUGAACAAAACUCCACCUGAGGAACCCAGCCCCGCACACUACACAUCUCUUCCUAUAUUUUACUAAAUAACUGAGUCCUACUACUUUUGUUGUUAUUAUACUUUUGACAAUGACUAUUAUUGUUGUUAAAUGAUGCAUUUGGUAGGAAUCGACAUGUGCAGGGCCGGUCCUCAUUAUUUUCAAUGGGGACGUUAGCCCUUCCCGUUUUUUAAAGAUCAAGUUUUAAUGCUUGAAACAAAGACGACAGAAGACAGCAAAACAUAUAUCCAAACCAGCCUAGAAUGCUUAAUCACCAAGUGCUAUGUCAUGUAUACAGAAUGAAUAUUAUAUGUGUCUCAUUUGUGAUUUAGUAGAGUGCAUAGGGCUAGCUAUUCUCUCUGUUUUACCCUGGCCUUGUGCCUGUAGGAAAAAGGACCAAGGGGUUUUACUGCAGGGGACUGGACCACAAAUGUAACAAGCUAAAUCCCUUUUUGGCAUCGCUCCCAUCAGUGAAUGGCUUAAUUCAAGUCAAACGGGAACAGAAAAUCUUGGCCUCGAGAGUUAGGAAUAUCAGAUCUGAGGUCAGAUCACAGUCCAACAAACGCUUAUGUCAGCCACUGCGAGAAGGGGAUUUACCUCUGAUUUUGUUAGCAGUUGAGAAUUGCCUAAUUAAUGCCGAUUUAAAAGUUUCUCACUCCCAAAAUAGCCUGUAUUUUAUUCCACAAACGUCUUCUGGAGUCCCCAGAGGGUUACGCUGUUUCCUUUUUUUGGCCAACUACUAAAAACUGCCAUUACGAAAUGCUCUGAGUAAGAUUCUUCUUUGUUUGAGCAAACGCACAGAAACAGUGGAAAAUAGUAUGUGGAAAAUGGCCAGACAAGUGUCAGUUAGGAAUGUGUUGGUACACCUGACACACACACACCACACACACACACACACACUUCACUGUUGGCUGCAGCUCACUAUGUUUUUGUAUUAGAUUUUUUUGUGGAUGCCAAGAGGUUAGAAAGGCUUAUUUUGACAUCUGACAACUCUCUACUGGAGCAGGGCAGUUGUUGUUGUGUUGCCCUAACUAGGCGUAUAGUAACUGAAAAGACGCUCAAUAUACUACAACGCACUGAAAGCAACCUGCAGAGCUCAACCGGCUGAACACCAUUGUGUUCACACAUGGUGCAGAUUGUGAAGGUGUGUGAAGUUGCCGUAGCCAGGAUGUGCUUGCUGAUAUAUUGCGAGGAUAUUUGAUGUCAUUUCAUUUCAAUCAAACUUGGAGCACUAAACCUUUCCAAUGAAAGGCAGACCAAUGAAGUUGUUUGAGGUUGGUUGUGGCAAACCUUUUUGGAAUUUUAUUGUUGUUGUUGGUUUUCAUUCUAUAGCCUUUAGAUUCAAAUCCACCAAAAGAUAGUUUUUAAAGCUGUCCUAAGGUCCAGUCAAACCAGCGACAGAGUCCCGGUCACACCAGCAAAAAAAACACACAACUGUUUAAAUAAAUUAACUUCAAUGGAAUCAACACAAUCAGUGGAUUCUCUCGCGGGGUGGAAUAAAUAUGAACAGCAUUUUUGCAUUAAGUUUCAAUCAAGUGAAAUUGACCAACAGCAACGCGUUGUGGCAGUUCUGGCGAUUGAGGGAACAGGAGGAGCAGUAGCUAUCCGCUUUUAUCUAUCCCUCCUCUGUCGGAGUGUAGACCAAAGAUAACUAAGAUAACAGGCUUCCUGUCAGUUAGUAAGAAACAUUUAUUCCUGUUAUAGUGCGUUCCAUAUGUACUCAGAAGUCCGAUUUUCCGAGGUCAAAGUCGGAAACACGUAGCCUGGAAACCCAGACCCAAAUCUGAAAGAUUAAGGGUCUGGCAAUGAAUAAUGAAAGUCGCCCAUCUCGAGGGGCGGCACCGAGCGUACACUAGCUAACACUACGACCAAUCACAACAACACACGGGCGACGUAUCCAGAGCGCUAAGCCCUAUAUGCUUGCCUACCAGCGGAGCUAACUGGUAGAUUAAAUUUGCCAUAUCCAGUCGGAAAAAUAGCAAAAACGUCCUUCUUUUUUAAAUAAAAACAAACAAGUCUAACUUGUUCAUUGUUGCGGCCAAAGACGUUUAAAACAACUGGUGUUUAUCCAUAGCUACACAAGAUAACAUCUUGCAAUGUUUACUAAUGACUUAGACAUCACAGUGCCGUCGUCAUCUUUGGCCCCGCCUAUAUCAGCUACACCGAUGUGAUUGGUGCAGCUCGCCUCUGGCCCGCCUAUAUCAGAUGCACCGAUGUGAUUGGUGCAGCUCGCCUCUGGCCCGCCUAUAUCAGAUACACCGAUGUGAUUGGUGCAGCUCGGCUACAGGGGCAUAGUUAAUGAGCAGCAUUACUCAGUGCCUGAGUGACUUGCUGAGCAUAUUCAAAUUGUGCUCCCUGACCUUGUAUUUCUGAGUUUGAAACUCGGACAACCACCGAGUACCAAAAGCUCAAAAUCCAACAUGGCUGCUCCGUGCAUCAACAGUUGUGACAGCUGUAGUAACAUACGGUUAUUAGCACACCUUUCAUAUUUGUGUCUCACUAAAUCAGUCGUACACACAGUUCUGUCCAUCUUCUAGCUGUGAACAAGUGGUUACGUUGUUUGUAUGCACAAAAAACAGCGUAAUGCGUUGUUACUACUGGUAUUGCUAACAAUGGCGAACCUGGCUAAAGCUAAUGAAAACAAUGAAAAUACGACAUAAAUGGAUCCCACUGAUAUACACGUAAAAUUUCGAACGCUUGUUUUUGCCCACAUUUUUCAUGAACUUAACUCAAAGAUCUAAGACUUUUUCUAUGUCCACAAAAGGCCUAUUUCUCUCAAUAUUGUUCACAAAUCUGUCUGAAUCUGUGUUAGUGAGCACUUCUCCUUUGCCGAGAUAAUCCAUCCACUUCACAUGUUUGUCAUAUCAAGAUUAUUAUUCUGAUUAGACAGAAUGAUUAUUGCACAUGUGUGCCUUAGGCUGGCCACAAUAAAAGGCCACUCUAAAAUAUGCAGUUUUGCUGUAUUGGUGGUGGGGGGGGGGGGUGUUAGGGUUAGGGUUGGUGUUGGUGUUAGGGUUCAUGCCAGCUAAAAAAGAUCUAGAAAGAAACUCAGAGAGCUAAUGUGACUGACUGAUGUUUGCGGCUUGCUAUUUUCCCUUAUUAUUUAGGACGCACACAUUAAUACUGCUGUGCUAUUUUGUGGUGUGACUGGGCACCGAGGAAGAUUUCAUUUAGCUUUUUUUUUCAUAUUCUGUAGAGUGAAUUCAAGUCAAAUUCUUAAGAAAUGUUUGUUUUUUUCUCUUGUCACACGUGUAAUUAAAAAAAAUUAAUAAUAAUCACUCUUGUCAUGGAGGAGCCUGACAUUUGUAAGCGGAUGACUAACUGGAGAAUGUUGAACAAUGGCAAAAUCUGUUUAAACCUUAGUGUGCCCCGUUAAAACAAAUGCACAAUCACACGUACACACACAGACACACACACACACACACACACACAAUCGGACAGCAGAGACUCAGCUGUCUAGAGCUAACUCUUUCUUUAAGGGCUAACAGGUGUGGAGGAGAAUGAAAUAGGAAGUGACCCGUUUUGACAGACUGGGCCGAGAACAGAAACCUGCAUGUGAUGCUUGACAUAUUUGGCGCUUGUCAGACUUCUGUGCUGCAUCAAAGGGGCCAGUAGAACAACCUGUGCAGGGCACAUCAUGUAAAUGUGCAAAACACGAUUAUUUUAUCUGUUCAAAAUCUUUGGUUUUGCUCUGAGUGUUUUUUUCAACAACAAAAAAUGUGUAAUUGAUGCUAAAAUUUCUUUUUGUAUUCCUAUUUCCUCCUUUCCCUAAUCUUUUUAACUCGUUGUGAUUUUUAGUUUUGUGUCAUGAAUUGCAUCAGGCAAACAACCACUGUAAAGAUGAAGCAACUUCUCCACGCUGGUCAAAGGCACAGAGUACUGUAAAUCUGCUAAACGGACACCAGAGGGCACCGCAGGGAUUCUCUAAACUGUACAACUCUUCAGUGCAUCUCUGGUUCAAACCCACACAUCUCCACCCGAAAGGAACGUUUAUUUUGUCUUCUUUUCUACAGCGUUUGACUUGUCGUGAAAGUCCUUCCAUCUGUUUACUGUCCGUCUGUAUCCUCCACUCUCUUACUGACCAGGUGCCAGCGUUCUGCCUCUGUGUCAAUGGAAAGUUGUGAAUACUUCUAUAAGGGGGCAAGGAAUGCUUUGUCUAUUUAUUUUCAGAUGCACACAAAGCAAACUGUACAUAUAUUUAUUCUAUAUAUAAGGUUGUUUAUUUUGUCAUUUCAUUUUGGCUCCGAUUCUUUGUCACAAUGUUGUUGUCAUUUUUCCCCUCUUCUCUCUGAUGUUUUUUUUUUUCUUUGCAAAAAGGCCAGUAGAGCUUCUUGGUGCUCGCCGCAGUAGCACCGGCGGCGAGGCUAAUGACUAGCACAGUGCCUUAUACAGUACCGCUCUUUAUACACUUCACACAUUUGCACACACACCCUGCCACAUGCAGGGAAUUCUUAAUACGACAUAGAAUGGCCUUAACCUAUCAGAGCCAAGCUCAACCCAGAGUAACCAAUCAGGAGCUAGGUUAGCCACAGAGUAGCGUCUCUAUUUUAUUAGCUUUGAUUAAUAAAAUAUGUACAGUAAGUUGAUUAUGAUGUAAUGUAAUAAUGACUUUAUAUGAUGAUGAUGAUGAUGAUGAUGAUGAUGAUGAUGAGCAGUGGACAGGAGGGCUGGGAGAAUCAGUUACAAGUUUUUGUUCAUUGACUCUGAAAAAACGAGGGCUUGAAAGCUGUAAAAACCUCAGUAGGCUGGUUUUACAGGGCGUCUGGAGUCAAGUUAAGUUACGCAAUUAAGAUUUGAACCCCCAGACUCACCCCAAAAACCCCAAAACAACAAGUGUGACAUGAUGUUCCCUCCUGUAUAUGAAAUCCAACCUAAACUUCCACCUGUCCAGGUCAGCUCCGCUGAAAAAAAGACACUUCACAGUUGCCUUCUCUGUGUGUUCUUCUUUUAAAAGCCCUCCAUUUGAGAGGCUGGAAGAAGGCUCUCUCCCUGCAGGACUUUGUAAAUUGCUGGAAAUAAAGGACUAUAUUAUUUCAUACCA